AUGGCCUCCGCUUUGAUCUUUAAUGAAGCCAGCGGAGAUUAUCAGCCAAUCACUAUUCUGCUUGAUUCAGGAGCUCAGAAAAGCUUCAUAAAGGCAGAGAUAAGAAAGAGAUUGAGGCUGCCAACAAUAAGCUCCACAUCAUUUACCAUAACAGGAAUAGGAGAGCUUCAAGAAACCUUCAAAUCGAAUGAAAUGAAAGUGACCUUGAAGGGCUUACGCAGCUCGAGGAAACUGCAACGUCUGUCGGUUUUCACUAAGGAGAAACUGACGUCGACUACCAAAGCCGCUCUACUAUCGGAAGCUGACAAAAGCUUCAUUAAAAGGGAGAAAAUCAUGAUUGCUCAGCAAACUUUGCGCCCGUCAGAAGUAUCACCCGAUCUACUCAUAGGACAAGACCUCCUAAAUCAAGUGAUCGAACACCACAAUAUAGUUUCAAAGCUACCAUCUGGAUUAGUUCUCACACCCACAAUCUUCGGGUACACAAUCUCAGGAGCUGGCAGCAUACCCAAUUCGAUGGAGCAAGUUACAUGUGUACAAUGUGGGUCGCUCAUUGUGGCUAUUCCUCUUAUAUCAUCAAACGACUACUCCAAAACGGACAAGAAUAUCUCUGGAGCGGAAGCACUUUUUGCCAACAUCCGAGAGCCCGCUUCUAUUCGCCCUUUCACUGCAAAAGUACGUCAAAAGCGGGGAAAAAAGAAAGGGCCUAUAAGUCCACCAAGAACUACCUUGCGCCCCCCUUUGAUAUCGCAAGAUGACAGGCGCGUCUUCUCGAAUAAGAACGCUUGCGACACGUUCUAUGCUUUAUUGGAUAGCGUGAACGAUAUCAAGCGGAAGCUAAAUCGGAUGGAUGACAGUUUGAGAAGGCUCGAUGAAAGGGUGCAUACACUGGACCUAAGAACGCAGCAAGUGACUCAGACGGAAGUGUUUCGACCCAGAGCACUUCAGUGCCCUACCGUCCCGAGGACACGAUGUUGCUAUAUGAUUGGACACCAGGCAACAUGGCCAAAUUCCGAGCGCCAUACUCCAAGCAUCAACAGAGAGAAUAGUUCGGAACCAACCAAUCGACUUAUUCCUCUGGAAAUACCCUCUUCAUCACACGAUCAAAAUGACGAAUCUUUAACAUAUCGAGCAAGAGCCACUACUACAAGAAAACCGUCAUCAACACCGAGGAGAAAUCUGACGCUCCCGUGA